AUGAAGUUCUUAAUUUCAUUAAUUGUUGUAUCAACUAUGAUUGCUGCCUGUAUGGCUCAAUCCACAUGUAGAACUAUCACCUUUUCGGGUGCUGGUGCUUUUGGUGCCUACCAAGCCGGUGUAGUUUCUGGUAUCGUCUCAAAGCGUGCUCCAGCUGAUGUACAAUGGUUAUCUGCAACUGGUAUUUCUGCUGGUUCGAUUAAUGCUGCGGCUUUGGCAAUGUUUAAUGUUGGUGAUGAAGUUGCUGCUGCCAAUUUCAUGACCGAAAAGUGGUUGAGUAUCUCUCCUGAGCAAGUUUUUGUAAACUGGAAGGGUGGUGUCGUUGAUGGUUUGUUCCUUCACCGUGGUAUCUAUGAUGAUGGUCCCUUAUUUGUUUUUAUGACCAACGCCCUUAACACCACUCAAUUCUUGGCCUCGAAUCGUAACAUGAUGAUUGGUGCCACCAAUUUGGAUACCGGUAUGUUUGAUCAAUUCUACAAGACCGACCCAGAGAUCGUUAAAGCUGUUAUUGCUUCAUGUUCCAUCCCAGGUGUUUUCCCACCAACCGAAAAGGGUGGAUACAGUUAUUGUGAUGGUGGAGCCACUUAUAUGACACCAGUCACUGAUUCCGCAAGACUUUGUUAUGAAACUGGUGCUACCAAUGUCAUCGUUGAUAUGGUUACCAUCACUGGAGCUGACAAAUUCAGAAAUAUGUCAAAGGGUGACACCAUCGAACUUCUCUUGAGAGCCGGUGAAAUUAUUGUAGAAAACAUCGGAAACAAGGAUAUUGAAACCCUUUUCCAAGCUUUCCCAAAUACCAUUCUCAAUGUAUAUAGACCAAGCCAAACUUUACCAGGAAAUGCCCUCAGCUUUACUUAUUCUGCUCCAUUAAUCAAGAUCGGAGUUACCGAUGGUCAAAAUGAAAAUCCAGCUUUUGUUUUAACCAAGCACAAUUACAAAGAAAUGUUAGAAAAAAUGAGACAAUAA